CUUCUUGCCUCCUCACUUGCCUAACAAAAGAAAAAAAGCAAAGCAAUCAAUCUCAUCGAAACGCUCUCUAAAGUUUUCUCUACGAUCUUUGUUUCCUUUGUGAAAAACAGAAUCGUUGACGAUGGCGGAAGUUCAGAUGGCUGACGCAGAGACCUUUGCCUUCCAAGCUGAGAUCAACCAGCUUCUAAGCUUGAUCAUCAACACUUUCUACAGCAACAAAGAGAUCUUCCUCCGUGAGCUCAUCAGUAACUCUUCUGAUGCUCUUGACAAGAUUCGAUUUGAGAGUUUGACCGAUAAGAGCAAGCUCGAUGGACAGCCUGAGCUCUUCAUUAGGUUGGUCCCAGACAAGGCCAACAAGACGCUCUCUAUUAUCGACAGUGGCAUUGGCAUGACCAAAGCAGAUCUGGUGAACAACUUGGGAACCAUUGCGAGAUCUGGAACCAAGGAGUUUAUGGAGGCGCUCCAAGCUGGUGCUGACGUCAGCAUGAUUGGUCAGUUUGGUGUUGGUUUCUACUCCGCUUACCUUGUUGCCGAGAAGGUUAUUGUCACCACCAAGCACAAUGAUGAUGAGCAGUACGUUUGGGAGUCUCAAGCUGGUGGUUCCUUCACUGUUACGAGGGAUGUGGAUGGGGAACCUCUUGGUAGAGGAACCAAGAUCACUCUCUUCCUCAAGGAGGAUCAGCUUGAAUAUUUGGAGGAGAGGAGACUCAAGGACCUGGUGAAGAAGCACUCCGAGUUCAUCAGUUACCCUAUCUACCUCUGGACUGAGAAAACCACUGAGAAGGAGAUCAGUGAUGAUGAGGACGAGGACGAAGCAAAGAAAGAAACUGAAGGAGAGGUUGAAGAAGUUGAUGAGGAGAAGGAGAAGGAUGGUAAGAAGAAGAAGAAAAUCAAGGAGGUCUCUCACGAGUGGGAACUCAUCAACAAACAGAAACCAAUCUGGUUGAGGAAGCCAGAAGAGAUCACCAAGGAUGAGUAUGCUUCGUUCUACAAGAGCCUGACAAAUGAUUGGGAGGAUCAUCUCGCUGUGAAGCAUUUCUCUGUGGAGGGUCAGCUUGAAUUCAAGGCGAUUCUCUUUGUUCCGAAGAGGGCUCCGUUCGAUCUCUUCGACACCAGAAAGAAGUUGAACAACAUCAAGUUGUAUGUCAGGAGAGUUUUCAUUAUGGACAACUGCGAAGAGUUGAUCCCUGAGUACCUCAGCUUCGUCAAAGGUGUUGUUGACUCUGAUGACUUGCCGCUCAACAUCUCCCGUGAGACUCUCCAGCAGAACAAGAUCCUUAAGGUGAUCAGGAAGAACCUGGUGAAGAAGUGCAUUGAGAUGUUCAACGAGAUUGCCGAGAACAAAGAAGACUACAACAAGUUCUACGAGGCUUUCUCCAAGAAUUUGAAAUUGGGUAUCCAUGAGGACAGUCAGAACAGGUCAAAGAUUGCUGAUCUUCUUCGUUACCACUCCACCAAGAGCGGUGAUGAGAUGACGAGCUUGAAAGACUACGUCACUAGGAUGAAGGAAGGUCAAAAGGACAUCUUCUACAUCACUGGCGAAAGCAAGAAGGCGGUGGAGAACUCUCCCUUCUUGGAGAAGCUGAAGAAGAGAGGAUACGAAGUGCUUUACAUGGUGGAUGCGAUCGAUGAAUACGCUGUUGGACAGUUGAAGGAGUACGAUGGGAAGAAACUCGUCUCUGCGACCAAAGAAGGGUUAAAGCUUGAAGAUGAGACGGAAGAAGAAAAGAAAAAGAAGGAAGAGAAGAAGAAGUCGUUCGAGAACCUCUGCAAGACGAUUAAGGACAUUCUCGGCGACAAGAUUGAGAAGGUUGUGGUCUCAGACAGAAUCGUUGACUCUCCGUGUUGUUUGGUUACCGGUGAAUACGGAUGGACUGCGAAUAUGGAGAGGAUCAUGAAGGCUCAGGCUCUGAGAGACAGCAGCAUGAGUGGGUACAUGUCUAGCAAGAAAACUAUGGAGAUCAACCCUGACAACGGUAUCAUGGAGGAGCUGAGAAAGAGAGCUGAGGUGGACAAGAACGACAAGUCCGUCAAAGAUCUGGUGAUGCUGCUGUUCGAGACAGCUCUGUUGACAUCUGGAUUCAGUCUUGAUGAGCCGAACACGUUUGCAGCUAGGAUUCACAGGAUGUUGAAGCUGGGUCUGAGUAUUGAUGAGGACGAGAAUGUUGAGGAAGAUGGUGAUAUGCCUGCGCUGGAGGAGGAUGCUGCUGAAGAGAGCAAAAUGGAAGAAGUCGAUUAAGAGAAGAAGCUUCGCCGUAUGUUUGGUUGUUUUGAGAGUUGAGAGUUCUAGUAGUGUCUUGGUGUCUUUCAUGGUCGUCUGAACUUUUGAUGGGCUGGUUUGUCAAGUGUCUUUUCUUUUUUUUUUUUCGUUCGUGUCUGGUGCGUCUGUUUGUAUUUGUCCUUUCCAAGUGAAUAGUCGGCUAAAAGCUAAGUGAGUUGGUUUGUCAA